AUGAUAACCAAUUCAAGUAAAAUCCCAAGCCUUUUGAAUUUCUGUCAAAAGGAGUCAGUUAAUAUAAGUAAACGUCAAAUUAAUACUGAUGAACAGCCAUACAGAUGUACAUGGUGUGAGAAGUGUUUUAAUUUCAAAUCUCAUUUAAAUGGACAUCUGAUAAUUCACACAGGUGAAAAACCACACAAAUGUACUCAUUGUGAGAAGUGCUUUUCCACAAAGGGUUAUUUAAAUAUCCAUCAGAGAAUUCAUACAGGUGAGAAGCCCUACAAUUGUAUUCUUUGUGGAAAGUGCUUUUCCUCAAAAAGUAAAUUAACUAUCCACCUGAGAACUCAUACAGGUGAGAUGCCCAACAUAUGUAUUCUUUGUGGAAAGUGCUUUUCCACAAAAAGUAAUUUAAGUAUCCACCAGAGUACUCAUACAGGUAUGAAGCCCUACAAUUGUAUUCUUUGUGGAAAGUACUUUUCCACAAGAUAUAAUUUAAAUAUCCACAAGAGUACUCAUUCAGGUGAGAAGCCUUACAAGUGUGCUCAUUGUGGAAAGUACUUUUCCACAAAAGCUUAUUUAAAUAUCCAUCAGAGAAUUCAUACAGGUGAGAAGCCCUAUACUUGUACUCUGUGUGGAAAGUGCUUUUCCACGAAAACUAAUUUUAAUAUCCACCAGAGUACUCAUACAGGUGAGAAGCCACACAAUUGUAUUCUUUGUGGAAAGUACUUUUCCUCAAAAAAGAAUUUAAAUGUCCACCAGAUAACUCAUUCAGGUGAGAAGCCUUACAUUUGUUCUACAUGUGGGAAGUGCUUUUCCAGAAUAUCUCAUUUAAAUCGCCACGAGAUGAUUCAUGCAGGUCUUUAA